AGAAGGAAAAGCAGACGCUCUUCGUUCCUCUUUCACGACAACGACAAUACCAGAGUGCAGCAGAAUGAACCUCUUCUGAUCCCUGGUAUAUGCGGUCUCUCUCUACAUAUUUCUGGUCAGAAAGAAGCCAUCACUGGCCCCUGCCCUCGGAUGACGUCUGUGCCGCUCUAUGGUGGGUCACUGCUGGAGUUCUUUGUGAAGUCUGUCGAGUUGACUGGUUGGAAGGAAGCAGGCAGACGAUCAAGCCUUUCCAGUGCGUUUCAGAGUAGGAUCCCGCGCAUGGUAGCUACUAUCAUUGGGCUGACUGGGUGUAUAGACGAACAUCAACGGAGCACUCUACGCGUACUCCGUGCGGACGCCGGAAAGCGAUCGGGACCAACGGCUCUUCGUUUUACAAAUCACCACAGCGUCCACCAACUAGUUACCGAAUAUCACUUCAGGUCCCAGGAUGGGUGGGCUCAGUGGAGCCCUGGUCGUGGAUUCGAUCGGCAGCCACCAAAUGGCCCGGCGUCAUGGCUUUCUUCCCUGAUUGAGGGCCAACCUGCCGUAUGCCGAUUGCCGAUUGUGCUCGUUGUGGGUGGCUGCUGGCUACUACCUACUACCUUUCUAUGGAGUAGCACCUCCUAAUCAUUCUCCUAUCUGGGUCCACUGGUCAGAUCCUGGCAAUGAAGAAACCUUUGGUCAUUGCGUCAGGUCGGGUCAUAUUGUUUGCGCUAAGGCCGCUGGGAUAAAGGGAGAAAUUUCUUUCCCUCCCUCUUUCUCUCAGUGACUGUCUAUCUCUUGAUUUGCAGUUUCUCUGAUACUUAACUGUCUGACUUUGAAGACCUUCGAUAUCUCAAGAUGGAGGAGAAAGAGCCUGUAAGCCCGAGGGCAAGGGUGAGC